AUGUAUACCAUUGGCACAACGUUUUGUCCAUCCCUUGUUUCUUUCUCCUAAAGUAAUAAUAAAAAGUUUUCUUUAGGUCAAUGUGUUGGGUUUUAAGAGUCCUCCCACAAGUCAAUAACUAUUGGGCCACAGUGAUUUCUAAUUUGCCCAAUUUAAUAGACCAACAACAAAAGUAAGUGAUGUCAGUUCACUUGUCAUCAUCACUAUUUACUAUUAUGCGACUUGAAUAUAAUCUCAAUCUCAAAACACACAAAUGCAGAGAUCAAAUAGCUGAAAUGGUGGGAUAGGAGAUGGAGAGGAUAAAAGAAAUUACUAGAAAUUUUCAGAUGGAUGUCUAGUUUUGUCAAUUUACCUUCUUUUUUUUACAUUGUUGUAAAUUUAUUUAUGUUGCAAUUGUUUUGUGUAUAUCAAUACGUAAAUUUACUUUUGAAACACUACACUUUCAAGACUAUAUCUUAGCUUUUACUUUAGUUGGAUUCUAUCAUUCUAUGGUGAGUUAUAAAUUUAAGCUUUCUUCAUUUGGUUUGAUCAUAUUUGCCUAUCAUAUUUUCAGACAAACUAUUUGUGACAAGAAGUUUGUUUGGUUUAUAUUUGUGUUUAAAUUUAGCUAAAUCCAUUUUACAAAAAGAAUUUUAUUUGGUACUCCAAAUAAAAAGGUCUUCCACACAAAAGAAUUAUAAUUACUAAACGAUACUCAAAUCAUGGUUUUAGAUACCAAACAAAUGAACUACUUUGUACUUUUUAUAUUAGUGACCUCUACAUAUUUUGGGCUAAAUGAAGCCUGCAAAAAGAAUCAAGUAGAAAUUCAUAAUCAACUCGGUCCGGGUAAAGUUCUCCAAUUUCAUUGUCGUUCCGGGGACGACGAUAUAGGUGUAAAAACCUUAAACUUCAAUGAUGUUCCAUAUAUCAUUAGAUUCCACGAUGAGAUACCGAAUUUAACAAAGUGGGACUGUAUUUUAAGGCAAGGACCUAAGAUGGAGUAUUCUUAUGACGUUCAAGUAUACAAAGCAGGACCAAGACUUAUCCCUCGAUGUGGUCAGCUACGUGUAUGGACUGCAAAAAUUGAUGGGAUAUAUUUUACAAGAAAAUUAAGUCUACCAUCCGGUUUUGCAUUGUCUUGGAAUAAAGGAUAACUCGUGCUUCAUCCGCGCGUACACUGUUUCCACUUUUAUAAACUUCAAAAUUUGGUUAUGGUAAAAUUUCAAAUUUGUUGGUUAAAAUUUGGUGUUAUAUAUUAUAUGACUCUAUAAUACUAUUGUUCAUGUGUAUUCUUCCACAUUAUUAUUAUGUAAUAUCUUAUAAAAGAAGUUAUUGCAAGAUUGAUUUAAAAAUUAAGUGAACAUUAGUGUAAAGCAACUGAAAUAUACAAUUUCAACGAUCUCAAAGAUAGAAUGUCAUGUUCUAUUUGUUUUCUUAUUACUCAGUUACAUUAAUUAGGUUUUUAUAACCUAAUUUUUUUUAAAAGUUUUUAAGUUAUGAUGAAAAGAAAGCUUUUACAGCAAAAAUAUUCGAAGAGAUAGAAACUUUAUAAAAACGUGGAAAUACAAAAGUUUUUUUUUUAAAUUACAAGAUUGAUUAAGAAAAACUAAGUGAGCGUAA